UGACCUGCACUUGGCGCAUGCGCCAAAGGGGGACUGGCGGGAUUAAAAACCAUGGCGUGGAUGCCAGCAGAAUCCGCAGUGGAAGAGUUGAUGCCCAGGCUGUUGCCAGUGGAACCGUGCGACUUGACAGAGAGUUUUGAUCCCUCCGUCCCACCGAGGACGCCUCAGGAAUACCUGAGGCGGGUCCAGAUCGAAGCAGCUCAAUGUCCAGAUGUUGUGGUAGCUCAGAUUGACCCAAAGAAGUUGAAAAGGAAGCAAAGUGUGAAUGUUUCUCUUUCAGGAUGCCAACCUGCUCCUGAAGGAUAUUCUCCCACACUUCAGUGGCAACAACAACAAGUGGCACAGUUUUCAUCUGUUCGACAGAGUGUGAUCAGACAUAGAAGUCACUGGAAAUCACAACAGUUAGACAGUAACGUGACCAUGCCAAAAUCCGAAGAUGAAGAAGGCUGGAAAAAAUUUUGUUUGGGUGAAAGGUUAUGCGCUGAAGGGGCUGUUGGACCAGCUACAAGUGAAGGUCCUGGAAUCGAUUAUGUGCAGAUUGGUUUUCCUCCCUUGCUUAGUAUCGUUAGCAGAAUGAAUCAGGCAACAGUAACUAGUGUCUUGGAAUAUUUGAGUAAUUGGUUUGGAGAAAGAGACUUUACUCCAGAAUUGGGAAGGUGGCUUUAUGCUUUAUUGGCUUGUCUUGAAAAACCUUUAUUACCUGAGGCUCAUUCACUGAUUCGGCAGCUUGCAAGAAGGUGCUCUGAAGUAAGGCUCCUAGUGGACAGCAAAGAUGAUGAGCGUGUUCCUGCUUUGAAUUUAUUAAUUUGCUUGGUUAGCAGAUUUUAUUUAUUCAUGAUAGUCACAGAGAGAGAGAGAGAGGCAGAGACACAGGCAGAGGGAGAAGCAGGCUCCAUGCACCGGGAGCCCGACAUGGGAUUCGAUCCCGGGUCUCCAGGAUCGCGCCCUGGGCCAAAGGCAGGCGCCAAACCGCUGCGCCACCCAGGGAUCCCAGUCAUUAUUCCUUUUGAUGCUCAGAUUGUUCAUCUUUGACUAGUAGGAACCCAUCAGGUAUUUUGACCAACGUGAUUUAGCCGAUGAACCAUCUUGAAGUAGCUGGUCUCUCAGGGGUAGAAGAUACUUGUGAUGAAGUAUCAGCCAGAGUCUGAAGAUGCACAGUGACAACAAAGUGAGAAUUGCAUCACAUCUUCAACUUAUUUGAAGGUUCUUCAUCUUAACCUGUGCAUCUCAAGUUGACAUUCAGAAGAUAAAUUGUAAUGAUUUGAGUAUCUGAAGUAUCUUUGGAAAAUCCCAACCAGCCAGUUUUUAAUGAAGAGUUUAAACCGUUUUCUGUAAUCACAUGCUUUUAAGACAAAUUGAGUGCCAUUUAUUGGUGAAACAUCCUGUACAGAAACUGUAUGAUGAAAUUUUACUUAGAUCCUUGGUGCUGUUUCAUUGUUAAUAAUAAACUCUUAUUGAGAAUGUG